CAUUCCUGCCUUCCCUUCCCUCAGUUUAGUUUCAGUCGCUCGUCGCUCGCUCAACCCGCUCCACCCGUAGGACCGCCGGAUUCUUUCGGGAAGCGCAUGCGAGGCCUCAACGCGGAGUGCGCACACGCGGGGGAGCGAUAAGGAGACAGGGAGGGUCCAGAUACACGGCGGUGGCAUGAUAAAAGUUGACGAGACAGAUCCGGUUGGGGAGCUGGAACCCAGCUUUCCCUACCGAGAUGUGCACAUCAAGCGGAACACAGAUGUCAAGGAGUUCUACGACCUGCAGACGGAAAUCGGACGGGGCAAGUUCGGGACGGUGUACCGGUGCCGGGAGCGGACGACGGGCCUGUCGCUCGCCGCCAAGUUCGUCUCGGUGGCGCGCAAGGAGGACCGGCGGAACGUGGAGCGGGAGGUGGACCUCAUGCGCUGCCUGCAGCACCCGCGGCUGCUCCAGCUCUACGACGCCUUCGAGUACGAGAAGAACGUCUGCCUCAUCCUCGAGCUGAUCGAGGGAGGGGAGCUGUUUGAGCGGGUCAUUGACGACGACUUUGUGCUCACGGAGAAGUCGUGCACCAUCUUCAUGAGGCAGAUUUGCGAGGGCAUCCAGUUCAUCCACCAGCAGCACAUUCUCCAUUUAGAUCUCAAGCCCGAGAACAUCCUGUGCCUCACCAAGACGGGAAACAGGAUCAAGAUCAUCGACUUUGGCCUGGCGCGGCGUUACGAACCUGGCAAGAAGCUGCAGGUCCUCUUUGGCACGCCAGAGUUCGUCGCCCCCGAGGUUGUUAACUUUGAUCCGAUAGGCUUCAACACUGACAUGUGGUCGGUGGGCGUUAUUUGCUACGUCCUGUUGUCUGGCCUGUCGCCGUUCAUGGGGGACACCGACAUCGAAACAAUGGCCAACGUCACGGUGGCGAAGUACGACUUCGAUGACGAGGUCUUUAACGACAUCUCGGACGACGCCAAGGAUUUCAUCAGCAUGCUGCUCGUUAAAGAGAAAGAGAAGCGCAUGUGCGCGGAGGCGUGCCUGCACCACCGCUGGCUCAAGCGGAAACCGCCGCCGCCGCCACCCAAGCCCGCCCCGGCGACGCCCGUCCCAGAACCGACGCCCGUCGUGACGCCGCCGGAGGAGAAGCCGGAGGUCAACAACAACUCGGCGGCCGAGGAGGACAAGAACGAGGUCGUCGUCGUCGUGAAGGAAGCGGAGGAGGGUGAGGCCGGCAAGCUGGCGAGCACCAAGGACAACCUGCGCAACAUUGUGGAGCGCUGGACAGAGCACCCCGACAGCCCCUACAUCUUCGACACGUCGGCGCACGUCAUUUCGCCCUGCCCGUCCCUGGCCAGCGUGCUCACCGAGCCCGGGGACGUCUUGGUGGCGGGAGCCGUCCACAACGGUGACGCUGCCGAGGACGCUGCCGAUGCCGAUGCCCCCAGGUCACCGACGAUCUCUACGCUGCCCUUGCCCUACGACCGGCUUCUGGGUACGGAGCGCCGUGCCUCAGACAGCAACUGUUUCGUGCGCCUCAAGAGCCAUCACGUGGACAUCAACGAUCGCAUCAACCUGGCCGACGAGAUCAGGAAGCUCUCAGAGAAGCUGUUCCGCAUAGCGAGCUGGGCGCCUCGGCCCGCGGACGACAAGCGAGAGCAGGACAAGCCCACCGUCAGUCCUCCCCAGGGGAACAACGUAGAGUCCACCACCGUCACCGAGACCAAGAAGGGCUGCACCACCACCAAGACGACAUUCGCGUCCUCGUCCACGUCCAGUGAUGGCACCGUCACCUCCACGACGUCGACCACCACAACGACUACUUCGUGCAGGCGCGGCGACGCGCGCCUCUCCGACAACUUCACUGCCAGGUUGUCCCAGACGCAGAUCCCCACCAAAAGGUUCUGGCCCAUCGAGCCCGGCCGCAUGCCGUCCCGGGCCGAGCUCCACGACGAGGAGGUUCCUCCCGCGGAAGAGGCUGCCGUCCUGGCCAACUGUCUGGCGCGGCGGGACAGCCGGCGCCUCUCCAUCCGAGACACGAUUGCGGCCACCCCCGCCUUCCACCGCCUGUCGCGCCGCAGCCUCUCCUCCGCGUCCUCCACCACCACCCAGUCCGCACCGCAGAGCCCACGCUGGUCGCCGGAUCCCGAACUACCGCCGCCACCCGGCUCAGACAUCACCAAGGACCUGUUGCUGAGGCUGCUGCACCGCCUGGAGCCCGCGCCGGCCUCCGCCCACCACCACAGCCUGCUCGGCUUAGGCCUCUGGGAAGACCCCUUCUUUAGGACAAGACCUACUGCCAGUUCCCUACUGGACAAAAAAAGAACACUAAUAACUUCACACAGCGGUGGCGGAGUGUAGCGUACUCAACCUACUAGAGUGCUGAUAUUUUCCAUGAGAAUUCUCGCUUUCGAAAAGCCUGAGUUCUGAUAAAAUUGCAAAGCCAUGACAACAGAGCAAACAGUGUACAGGCCUCCUUCCAAAGGUUGUCGAGUAAUCGUCUAACUGGAAAUUGAAGGAUAUUCGCAGGAUGUUUUAAUCCGCGCUAACCCCAGUAUGAACUACCAGAGUUUUCCAUUUAAGACUGUAUUUUUCAAAGGUAUGCGGGCUUUGUGAACGAGUGAAAGUCCUUGACUUUACGCGUGUCGCGAAAGAAAAAAAAUAAUCAUAUAACAGCUCUGCACCUUUGCAAUCUAACAGUACGUCAUGUCGAAUAGGUUGCCUAUGGUGACGGCGGCGGUUGUCAAGUGUAACGUGAGUGCUUCCUUAGAUUUGGACCUCCACCAGCAGGGAAGUCCAUUUUGGGCGUAAACAACUGAGACGUAUGUGAUUGUAGAUGUGAUGUUUAUGUAAGAAUGUUAUUUUGUAUGUUAUAAUCAUAAUUAUACUUAAGUCAAUGUGCUACGUAAGCAAUAAUCUAAAGAUCUAAGUCAUUGUACAAAUGAUAAUAAAAUUCUCUACUCUAGUUGUGAAUAUCACAUAUUUUUAGUAGAAUUUAGAUUAAAACAUGAUUUUGGAAUGAAAGCCCAUCAUUCACACAGCACAAAUUGUUAACAUUGUUUGUAAUUGGUUGUGGAAUAGUAUUCUGAGAAUAACAAAUUUAAGACUGACGUCAUGACAGAAAUUAAGAGAUGGCCUGAGAAACAUCUAAAACCAUGACAAAAGUAAAAGACUUCAGGGGUCCCAGAUAGGUGGUUGACAAGAUGAUCUGUGCUCUCUCUCAUACUUCCUUGGGCUCUCUUAUGUAUUAACUGUGCUGCCAGGCCAGUAUCUGGGACCACUGACCUAUCUAGUCAUCAGGUACUAUUUUGUGACUGAUUAGUGAUGUAUCAAUAAAAGCAUAUCAAAUUUG